AUGCUCGGGCAUGACGCGUCCUUCGCCUACAUCCACGCGGUGAAGCUCACGCAUGAGAAGAACCUCUUCGCCAAGAGGAUCGGGUACUUGACCUGUAAUCUGUUCCUGCACAGAGACCACGAGCUGAUGCUGCUGUUGAUCAACACUAUGCAGCGGGACUUGCAGAGCGCGAACCAUAUUGAGGUUUGCUCCGCGCUGGCCUCCGUCUGCAGAUUGGUCAACGUGGAGAUGAUCCCAGCGAUCUCUCCGUUGGUCUUCAAGCUCUUGAACCACCCUCAGGAGGCGGUCCGGAAGAAGGCUGUCAUCGCGGUGCACAAGUUCUUCAAGAUUGUGCCGGAGACGGUGCUCGACCAGAAGGAUCAGAUCCGCAAAGUGCUGUGCGACCCCGACCCCUCCGUCAUGGGCGCCUCGCUCCACGUGCUCUGCGAGAUUGCCAAAGCUCAUCCGGCGGCCAGCAAAGAUUUGGUGCCCUCCUUCGUGAGCAUCCUGAAGCAGAUCACGGAGCACCGGCUUCCCCGAGACUUCGACUACCACCGCAUGCCGGCGCCGUGGCUACAGGUGAAGCUCCUCUCGAUUUUGGGGGUUUUGGGCACUGCCGACAAGGCUACCUCAGAGCACAUGUACGAAAUCCUGCAGGAGUGCAUGCGACGGGCGGACAGUGGCGUAAACGUCGGCUAUGCGAUCAUCUAUGAGUGCGUCAAGUGCAUCACGAAGAUUUUCCCGGAUCACGGAUUGUUGGAACUCGCCGCGUCCAACAUCUCCAGGUUCAUCUCCAGCGAGAACCACAACCUGCGGUACUUGGGGGUGACGGGCCUGGCCCAGAUUGUCCAAGUGAGCCCGGCCUAUGCUGCUGAGCACCAGAUGGUGGUAGUGGACUGCCUCGAGGAUCCAGAUGAGACACUCAAGAGGAAGACCUUGGACUUGCUCUUCAGAAUGACGAACCCGCAGAACGUGGUGGUGGUGGUGGACAAGCUGAGCUUCCACCUCCGUACCAGCGUGGACUCGCACCUUCGAAGAGAUCUUGCUCAGAAGAUCACCUCCUUAGCGGAGCGAUUUGCUCCAGACAACGAAUGGUACGUGAACACCAUGAACACAGUCUUUGAGCUGAGCGGAGAGCUCGUGCCCGCGGAGACCGCCUACAACCUGAUGCGCUUGGUUGCAGAAGGCACGGGCGAGGAUGAUGCGGCGGACAAUGCCUUCCGCGUUUUUGCGGUCAACACUUACCUCAAGGCCGGGCGCCAAAUGCUGUGCAAAAAUACAUACCCUGAUAGAGGGGUCCCCGGAAGAGAAAAUUGA